GUUCCUUCCGCCCUGCACUGGACGAAGGGUGACGGGUGAUGCCAUGAAUGUGGGCGAUAUCCCUCGCCCGGUCACGGGCCUUAUGUCCCAAACGGCGCGCCAUGUCAUGCGCAAGGACAGCAGCCUUCCAGAGCUCAAGGAGCGUCGAGGCGCCGGCGCUAUGGCGUCCACUGGCGGUCUGCGGCCACGCCGAAGCGGCGGCAUCGGCAGCAGCUCGGAGGGCGCCCUGCGGAAACCCACCGGUCGACCGUCCACCGUGGCGCGCCGGGAGAAUUCCCGGAGGGAUUUCAUCAACGAACAGCUGCAGCAGCUGCAUCGUCAGGCUGAUGUGCUGAAAGCCGUGGGCGGACAUCGUUCCAGCCUGCUGAACAGUGGUCUCAGUCGACGUGACUCGAUUGACACUUUGGCGGAAACCUUUGGGCGCGACAUGCGGGGGGUCACCGACAGACUGGACGAUAUCGUUCGGAACCUACGCUUCGAAGACUUGAAGUCAAAACAUGAGAAGGAGGAGCGCAAGCGAAGAGAAGAGGAGUUGCUGCAGGAAGAAAAGCGGAAAGCCACCAGGAAAAAGGAACAAGCAGCCUCUGAUCCCCGCAAGAAGGUGGCCAUUCGGAUCGAGACCUUCCGGCAGAACUUCCCGGUGGAUUCCCCGGACUUCCCAGGAAAUGCGAUUCCCAUGUGUUCUGUGCAAGUGGAAGGACCGUUGGGUCCAGAGACCGUGAGCUUAGUGGACGUCGAGGGCCUUCGCAGUCGCUGUCUCAUCAGCGGUCCCACGCCCAACAUCGAUGAUCUCUUGGAUCGGCAGCGGCGCACAGCUGCGAAGCUGCGCGGAACUGCCUCGCCCAGGGCGGACAGAAGUGUCGACCUCCUAAGCUUGACACCCAGAUCGCCUGGGGUCAGAAGUUGCACCAGCACCAUGAGUUUCGGAUUGAAUUCGCAGACCUUUUCGGCUUUGACCUGGGACGAUCGGAGGCGGCAAGCCAACGCCAUGAGACAGGCCAGCAAGGUGGAGGAUGUGCUCCGAAAACUCUGCUCCAUGCGAUGCCUUCCCACGGACAUGCAGAUCGACUUCGCGUCGUUGCAAGCGUGUUUGGACUAUGAGAAGCAUAAGGGACCAAUGAAUGACAUCGAGAGCCUGCAGUCCGUGGUGGCUGUGAAGUUGAAUGGUUUCAUCGACAACUUGGCCAACAAAUUGGCCCUCGAUCCUGACAGUGGCAAUACUGCGCUGCUGAAAUCGCUGGGCAAGUUGAGCGUUUCGACCAUGGGCGAGCAGCUGAACAUGUCGCAACAUAUCCAGGGACCCGUGGGAGUCGGACUGAUGCCCAGCCCACAAUCCUCGUUGUCCUUGGAGGACGGGUUCCGGUCUCACUCCACCCUACGGGCUCGUACCAGGCGUGCCAUGGCGCUUCUCCGUGCCACCAGCCGUUGGGUCAUGGUCCUGCGUGGCGUGCGACGGCGAGAUUACAACAUUGCCGUCAUCAAGGCGGGGCCACGGGGAUGGACGAAAGGUGGAACCGCUUUGGGUUGGGAUUUUCUUUGA